UAAAAAAGUUCACCAAAUCAAUUACAGAUGGCCCUCAAACAAUGCGAAGUUAAAAAUAUUAAUUUUCGGCAUAAGUUGAGAGUCAAUGUAAAAUUGUGUAUUCACUGUAUAAUUUUCUUAUAAUAAAAUAAGUAUAAAAAAUGAAUUAGAAAAUUAGUUUAAGCAAAUAUAGAUUGAUUAAGCAAAGUAUGAGAAAAAGAAAAUAUAUUAUCGUGCAUGUCUAUUUGAUGGAAAAAUGUCGAACACGACAAGCGUAUUAGUGAAAUUGUGUAUCCUGAUGCUUCUUUAUGAAUGUGCAACAUGUCUUGUUAUCCCGGAAGAAUUGCCAACAAUACUUUCAUUGAUCUAUUCCAACAUUCCACCAAUCAAGAAAGGUACCGAUUCGCGGAUAGGCAUUGGUUUCCGGCUUGGCGAACAUGCAGAUUUUCAAAUGUUAUUUGAAUUAGGACCACAAAUGGAAACUGAACCCAUUGGUAAUACAGAUACUAAAAGACGUCGAGAUGCGAUGCUCAGUGCAGCAGUGAAAGGAGACUUGGGUCCACUAGCUCAAGCGGUGGCUAAAUAUCAAUUGGAACGUAAAUUGCGGAAAGAAUUGGAAAAAUUAGAUACGAUGGAGAAGAAGUUAAAGGUGAUUGCAUCGGAGAACGAUAAUAAGAAAACUAUAGGCAAUGAAUGGUUAACAAAGUGGAGCAAAGAAAUGACAAAAUCAACCGAGGAUCAAGCGUCUGUGGAAAAUAUUUCAAGCGAAAAAAACAAAUUAUUUGUAGAAACUCAAAGGAUAGGACGACCUCCAGAAUUAAAUAGCAAUAAAAGUACUAUUUCUGAUUUAAAAAAAUUAUACAAAUCACAAAGUGCCAUAGAGGAAAAAAAAACUGAAGAAUUUAUUUAUAAUUAUUAGGAAAUAUAUUUUUUUAAAUAUUUAAUAAAAAUUAUG